UAGGGGAGUGCCAAGAGGUUGUACCACAGCCACGUGUUUUCAAAUGGGCCAUCCAGGGAUAUCGCCUGAUCUAUGCAACCACCAUGUACACUGUAAUUGGUUAAAGUAAUUGUCGAUCAUAUUAGCUAUUACCAGGUAGCCUACAGUUAUACCCACCCAAAUGACUAACCGGCGACAAUAUUGUUUGUUGUAGGCUACUCAGCAAGUAGCUUGGCUAUACUACGGUUAUAUAAAGGCAAGGUGUGUACUCGUUAACGGUCCAAUAAAUGGGUCGGCUUCUGAACGUGCUGCGCAGUUGGUUGGUGAUGGUGUCCGUGAUUGCUAUGGGCAACACAGUUCAAAGUUUUCGAGAUCACCGCUUCUUGUCUGAGAAACUUUACACUGGGUCUCCGGAGUUUGUGAAUGGCCUUCAAGCUAGAACAUUUGGAAUAUGGACCUUGUUAUCAUCUAUAAUCCGUCUUUUCUGUGCCAUAGACAUCCAAAACAGAACACUGUAUCACAUCACACUGUGGACAUUUGUGCUGGCUCUAGGGCACUUCCUCUCUGAAGCUUUCAUCUACAAAACAGCUCCCCUGACUAUUGGUGUGAUGGCACCUCUUAUUGUGGCAAGCAUUUCCAUCGUGGGCAUGUUGGUAGGCUUUCAGUGCAUCACCGAGUCCCAGGAGACCACAGCUGGCCAGAAGAAGAGGAAAUGAGAUCACAGCUGCUCCAGCUGUAACGCUGAAUUAAAACCACAAAAGUUUGAUGGACUGGCCAAGCAGUGUUGGUCUUUGGCUUUGCGGUCGCAAAAACAAUAACAAGAUGGUAGUUAUUUUUGCCUUAGAAAUGAUAGAAAUGAUCCUUGCACAAAUCCCAGGAUUUGGUUCUUAUUCUGAUGGUUAAACCUUCCAAUCGAUGUUGUCUGCUGUAAACAAAUUGGUUUUGUACUCUGCAGACUAGAUAAAAGACUGAAGUAAAAGUAUCUGAUGAGAUUAUAAUUAAAACAUUUUCUCCUUGUGUCCUACAAUAUGUUGUCUACUGUGCAGAUUCCUGGGAUUCAUUCCUGUCCUAAAUAAAUCAAGCUGUCCUUUAUUUCCUGUUAAGAAGGUAGUGGUCCUGUAAUAGUCUUAUUCUAGCUGCUGAUGAGGUGCAAAAAGCCUCAUGAUGAUGAUUUGUGAUAUCAUUACCUUUUACCCCCUCCCCUGAAACAUUGCUUUGGUUCUCCAGUGCACUUUCCUAAUUGUUUUUAAAUAAAAGAUAUAUUGAUUGGA